AAAUGGCCAAUUGGAUUUUGUCGUUAGCGUAGUGAGACAAAAAGAAUCUCCUCUUCCACACGACUCCGAGGAUCAAAUCCCCGCAAUCGUCAAUCCUCCAGUCUCUCACCGACGCAGAGAAACGGAGACGACGAGAGAAGAUCAAAAACUGUCGAUUUGUGAAGUUAAUCGAUGAUACUGUUGCAGUCUCACUCUAGAUUUCUCCUUCAGACCUUGUUAAAUCGGCUUCAAAACCUUGAAAAAGGAAUUGAACUCGACUACCACUGGGUCGAGUUUGAUGAUGUUCGUUACCACAUUCAGGUGUCAACAAAGAAUCCACAUCUCUUGCUCCUGUCAGUGUCACUGCCCACCCCACCUCCAGAAACUAAUUUCAUUGGUGGGCUUCCUUUUGGAGCAAUAGAAGCCAUAAAAGCUGCUUAUGGUGUGGUGGUUCGAAUUCUUGAUCCUCCCAGGGACGGCUUUAAUCUAACAUUGAAGCUAAAUUUUUCAAAACUUCCUCCAGAUGAAGAGUUUAAACAUGCUAUUUUGGUGAAAAUUGCAUCUGUUAGAGAAGUGGUUUUAGGCGCUCCUUUAAGAGUAAUUCUCAAAAACCUUGCUUUAAGGAGGGUUGCUCCAAACAUGGAUCAGCUUGUUGCCGUUGUUCAUCGCCCGAAUGAGUCGAUAUUCCUUUUUCCUCAGGCAGAAAGGGUGACUGUGGUUUUCCCUAUGAGAUUCAAAGAUUCAGUAGACACCAUUCUUGCAACUUCCUUUUUACAGGAGUUUGUGGAUGCAAGGCAUACUGCUGGACUGAACAAUGCUCCUCCUUGUUUAUGGUCUCCUUCUCCUCCCCUGGAAUUGAAGGAAGCUCCUGCUGAAGCAUUAUCUGCAAAUGCGGGUUUCGUAAGUUUCGUCAUUUUCCCACGUCAUGUAGAAGGCAAAAAGUUAGACCGUGCUGUUUGGCAUCUAUCGACAUUUCAUGCUUACGUUAGCUAUCAUGUCAAGUGCUCUGAGGGAUUCAUGCACACGCGGCUGCGUCGACGUGUGGAAUCUCUGAUUCAGGCUUUGGAUCGUGCCAAACCUGCGUCAGAGGAGUCGAAGAAAACAGCAAAUAGUAGGUCGUUUAAACGCGUGGUACGUCAUGAUAAAUAAUCAGGGCUUGAAGACAUGGUGAUGGUAGGCUUUAUAUUACUCGGAUUGUAGUGCCUCAAGAACACUUUGGCUGAUUCUCAUUUAAGGAGAGGGAAAGUGGUGAAAUUUUAUUCUUCUUUUAGGAUGAGAAAAUCUGUUGAUUAGCUGCUAGUGUGUGUACAUUGUAGUUUGAAUGAAUUCUCAUUUUCUUUUGAGCAGACGAUUGCCAUUUGCUUAGUCAUCUUUAACUUUGUUUCGGCAUAUUUGCUUUCCAGAAAUAUCUUUUCAGUUAGCCUUCCUGUAAUUAUCAAUUUGUCUCUGGAAUUAUACCCGAGAAAAUGGUUGUUUU